UCCCACUGAACUGCGGGACUGAGCCAAGCGGGCCAGGCUAGGCUGGCGACGCUGCCCGCCGCCAGGCUGGCAAGGGCCGCGGGCGCCGCGCUCGGGGCUCCAGAAGCCGCCGAUGGGAAGCGGCGCUCAAAAGGGCGAGAGACGACGCCGCGGCCACCGAUAACGCCGCGGCCACCAUGGGGAACAAGCAGACCAUCUUCACUGAAGAGCAGCUGGACAACUACCAGGACUGCACUUUCUUCAAUAAGAAGGACAUCCUCAAGCUCCACGCACGGUUCUAUGAGCUGGCCCCCAACCUCGUCCCGAUGGACUACAGGAAGAGUCCCAUCGUCCACGUGCCCAUGAGCCUCAUCAUCCAGAUGCCGGAGCUCCGGGAGAAUCCCUUCAAGGAGAGGAUCGUGGAGGCUUUCUCUGAGGAUGGUGAGGGGAAUCUCACCUUCAACGACUUUGUGGACAUGUUCUCUGUGCUCUGUGAGUCGGCACCCCGAGAGCUCAAGGCAAAUUAUGCCUUCAAGAUCUAUGACUUCAACACGGACAAUUUCAUCUGUAAAGAAGACUUAGAGCGGACGCUGGCCCGACUCACUAAGUCAGAGCUGGAUGACGAUGAGGUGGUGCUUGUAUGUGACAAAGUCAUCGAGGAAGCUGACCUGGAUGGUGAUGGCAAGCUGGGCUUUGCUGACUUUGAGGACAUGAUCGCCAAGGCCCCGGAUUUUCUCAGCACUUUCCACAUCCGCAUCUGAGGACACUCCCAAGGCCACAGGGGCUGAGACGUCUGCCCUCUGAUCUGCUUUCUCUGCAGGCAUGGUUUCCAAAGCACUUCAGCAAAGAAGCUGUAGCCUCUAGAGUUCUCACCCAUGGACAUUUCCCGUGGCCCUCUCAGCAAAAACAAAAACCAAAAACCAAACAAACAAAAAACCAAAUAAAAAACUUAACAGCAAUGAGGUUGUGAAGAGCAGGACCCUUUGCAGGGCCCCAGUGGUUCACCCACAAGAUCAACGGUCCCCCUCAGCCGCCCCCUCGCCCAGUCCUUUUCUCACCUAGCAGGAGGGGUGGGGCUGGAUUGUCCAUGUCCAGUCACCCAGGGCUAAGUGCAAAAAAACAAACGAAACAAAACAAACA